AUGGACGACAGACAAGACCACGACUAUGACGACAAAGACCAUCUAGCAAGAGAUCCACCCUUUGGCCGUGCCUCUCGCCGAUUCGGCAGCCCUUACCCUCAUACCAUCACCAGUUCUCCUUCUCAAGACAGCAACGUCCACCAUAGCACCCCCUCCUCUCCCCCGCAAGUCAUGGUCGAACGAAGCGUCAACAUCCAGACCCAACCUCAUCUUGCUCCAUCCCCCGGCAAGAACUCUCCCAGGCCCAGCGGUCCCAUCAAGCGGCCCUCCAUUCGCUGGGAUAAGCAACUUCCCGUUCCAGACCGAAAACGUACUGCAUCUGUCGGGUUUAACGCUCCCCCCACCGCCUCGGCAUCAGACGCUUCUGUACAUACCAACGAUCAACUUCACGAAGCCUUCCAGCCGGUUCAGAUAUCCGAGGACAAAAUGGACUCCACUGGAUCUUCCCGCCAGCCUACGGCGUUCGGUCGACCCUCUGCACCCAUGACUCGACCCUACCGCCAGAACGACGAGGUCGAGAACAUCGCAGACGAUGACCUACAGUCAGAAAGAGGAUCGUCUUGGGAAGUCAGCGUCAACGGAGAUGGAGCUUCUGAUGAUGAAUGCGAACCGAUUCGCGUCAAAAACAAUGACAACAGCCUCUUUCUCCCGCCCAGCCCUUGCAUCGCGGAGUGGUUCGACAGUAUUCGCAACGAGGCCAUUCUUUCGUUUUCCGUGGACAUUUCAAAGGUCCCCGAUGAUUCGGAAGUCAAUCCGGAAACCGGCAAAAUCAAAGACAAAGAGCCCUACCCUGCGUCUUAUGUGGACUUCGAAGAAGAGCAAUCGAUGAACAAAAUCCUGCGUCACCAUCGUCUUCACAAGACCAGCAACUGGCUGAUUUUUCGAGAGCUAGAGUCCCGCGAGAGGGAGAAGGAGAGGCGAAAGCAGAGAAGAAAGGAACAGGAGCGCUCCAGAGCGAAAGUCGACAAUUCUCGGCAGCGUGCUCUAGUGCGCACAACCAACAAGCAGCCAACGACUGUCUUUAAGGAUGGUCCGCUUAGUGACUGCGUUCUCCGCCCUGCACUGCUCAGCGACGCAAGAGGUUGCGCAGAUAUCUACAACCUCGCCGUCGAGACCAACGCAACUGUUCCAGGCACCAAUUCAGUGUCUAUUCAUAAGUUCGAGUCUUUCCUCAACGACUGCAAGAGAGAGAAGCUUCCAUCUGUGGUUGCUGCUGUACAGAGAGCCGACUUGACCGAUGUGAGAAACUGGCCCUCCACUGAUGCCUACCGCCAGUACAUGAAGUGGAGGCAAACACAGCCAAAGGGAGACGAGUCCUUCGACACCAAAAUUUACGGAUUCGCCUUUUUGGAACCCUACGAGAAGGGUCCCGCCUUUGGAACGGGCGCGGCUACGGAGACCGUCAAAGCUGUCGUCUUCGUUCACCCAGAGCAUCGUCGAAACGGGAUCGGAAGUGCUCUGCUUCACCGACUCCUCACUCAAACUUCGUUCAUGUACCAUGGCGAUGUUCGAUAUGAGUGGAUCGACCCUGCUGCCGUUGAGGACUCCUUCUACGUUCCUUACUUCCGGCCUAUUCACCGUAUUGUGUUGCAUGGCAUGGUCGGGGGAGAGGGCACGGAGCUCCAGUGGAUGGACAAAUUCAUGAAGUCGUUCCAGUUCGACAAGGCCGGACACCUCAACCAGAUCUACAAGGUGACUAAACCACAUGGAAUUGACUGGUACGAUCAAGUCAUCUGGGUUCACUGGGCCAACAAGAUCAACACUGGACAGACGUUCUACGCGGGGGACGAGUCGGAGUGCUCUUACGACUACCCUGGAAAAGCGCAGUCGCCCGUUCUCCCGCCUCAGAAACUUCUGGAGUAUCCGAACGGUCCUGACUGUGAGAGCGACGGGGCUUACUCUUACUGA